AUGUCCAAUUCAUCAAAAUAUGAUUUGACCAAAUUUACAAUCUUGGAUGCUACCAACAUCCUAGAGUACGCCACUUCUCGUUUUGCGACCAUCUGGAUUGCCUGUGACCGAAGCCAUGUGCCUUGGUCGCCGGCUUACAUAGCCAGCUUCGUCUGGCACCUUCAAUGGGAGGCAGAUUCAUCUGUCUUCCCAUACAUCAACAUAUGCAUGGUGCUCAAUACUCACCCGACCAUGACCGACCUCCUCCGCAGCAUUAUUAGCAGAUUCACCUGUCUCCAAACCAGGAACAUCACCAGCGAGCAGUUCUAUGCUGAAUUCUUCGUGCACUGUUCCCCUCAUGACCCUGAACUGAGAUCUACUCACAGAGUAGUUCUCAAAUAUGCCCAUGAUUGGUGGAAGGAUCGUUUUGAUACCUUGGGAUUCACCUUGCCAUCCUUGGAUGUCAAUGAAGUCUUGGAUAUGAUGGCAGAUCACUUUGAGCAACUGCCUAUGGGAGCAAUGCUUCUGCCCGGCCCUGCAGUCGCUGGUCAAGUGGAAGGUGAUCCCCUCCUCAAUCAAAUUCUGGCAGUGAAGGCCCGUGUCCAACAUCUCGGCAAUUCAUUAGAAAGGAUGUUGCAGGAGAAGACCAUGAAGGCCGCAGCGGCCGCAACAACCAUGUCCGAACUUGAAGGGCCCAUGGAUCAGCUGGAGGAAGCACUCUUAACCUCCCGCCGGCCAUGA